UGCAGCGAUGAACCCGACCCGUUUACGUGUUCUGCAGGUGCCGGCGCCAGGGUUCUGCAGAAAGCCCGGGUCCGGAUCAUCAACAGCACCGUGUGUCGGACUCUGCUGCGGGACCCGCUCAGCGACCGGAUGCUGUGUGCCGGGGUGCUGGCCGGAGGCGUGGACGCCUGUCAGGGCGACUCGGGCGGGCCGCUGGCCGUCACCAACCCCAGUGGGCGGGUCUUUGUGGCGGGUGUGGUCAGCUGGGGCGAAGGCUGCGCCCUCAGGAACAAACCCGGCGUCUACACCCGGGUCACCCGGUUCCGGCACUGGAUCAGGGACCAGACGGGAGUCUGAGCAGAAUCCGUCUGUGGUCGGCAUGGUUACAGAUCAGCUGCUUCAUGAGCUAAACUACAAAACUCCCCACUGCUGUUCCUGGACUGACCCGCCAAAAUAAAAUCACUCUCACUUUCUUCCUAAUCCUGAUCUUCCACUGCUGCACCAUCUGCUCAGAAAACAUUCAAUCAGGAAAUGAAUCCAAGCUGCCAGGAGGAAGUGACAUCACGAUCAGGGAGUAAAACCCGUCAGUAAAUGAAAACUAGGACAUUUCUUUUCCGUCUGGUCAUCAGGAAACAUUUGACUCCAUAACUUGGAGUAAUUCCACUGGUUGGCUCAGGUUCCUCAGAGCCACGCGCUCGGCCCCUCAGCUUCCUGCUUCAUUGCCUCAUUUAUCCAGAAAAACUGAUGGGUUCAUGAAGUACAGAUUGUUUUAUUGAAACAUAUCAUUCCAUAUUUAUUAUGCCAUGAUCUGACCACUAGAUGGUGACAAAGUGCUUCCCAAUUAAUUCCUGGUUGGUGUAGAAUCUGUAUCAUCAGGGUUUGGUGGCACUUGUACCCCAUCUGUGUGGUGUGGUGCCUCCAGAUGAAUUAAUAGUUGAUAAAAUCAGAUUUUAGGUGUAAACAAAGGAUCCAGUUUUUUCUCAGGAAGUUUAUUUUAAAGCAUCGGGUCUUUCUGUUUUACUCUGAGGCGUUUAACGUUGUGAGUUUUUACAGCUGUUGUUGCAUUUUCUUUGUGAUUUUUGUACUUUUUAAAAACAUUUCUCUCUAGUCUCUUCUGCCCUCAAUGAUUAUGGAUAAAAUGCUUUGCUGGGAGUUUCUGAUUAAACUAAGUUGAAACCUC